AUGGAUAUCAGCGACUUGAAGGAUGACCUUUAUGAGCUAUACCGCAAUAGAUCAUCCUACUGGGUGCGAGACAUCCCAUAUUUCAAGAGUUCUUGCUCAAAGAUCCUAUGGAAACUCGGCCCGGUCUUUACAGAACGCGAGACUUAUGGGAAUGAUGAUAUCUAUAAGACAGAGACAUGUGGUACAUGUGUUGCAACUCAGGUUGAAGGGCCCAGUCCAGGAGUUCAGGGCAUUGCAAAGAUCAGAUUGCAGAUUCCUGAUGAUCCUGAAAACCCUUCAUCAACCAAACCUCAACGCAGCAGCUCUCGUCUCGCAUUUGAAUAUUAUAACCAUCGUACACUCACAGAACUUGGUUGCACUUGUAUCCCAAAGCUGCUAGACUAUACACUUUUCACUCAAAAGAAGGGUGAUCCUCUUCCUGGUGGCUUCCUUUUCAUUCUUGUGAUGGAAAGAUUGUCAGGGCGCAAUUUGGUUAAUUUUGCUGAUUUGCCCAUGUCCGAGCGGGAUCAGGUCCGGUUAGCAUUUGCGAAGUCAAUACGGUAUACCUUCCUGGUCUUGUGCUGA